UUUUUAAGUAUAAAAAAAGACUUGAGGGAAAAUUGAUAAGUGCAAGUGUAUAAAUUAUUUAUGUAAAAGCUAAAUCGAUCUAGGCAUUCUAUAGCCGCGGUAUAUGUAGCAACCUCUGUAAGUAAGGUGACUGACUGACUGACAUUUUCGUAAGUAUCCAGUGUUAAACUUUGACUCUUACUCCCAAGAUUGGAGGAGGAAGACUUGUACUGGUUUGAAUUUAUAUUGGAAACUGAUAAAAUAAAAUGAUGAAAGAGUAGGAGGAGAAUCGCGAAAGCGGGAGCGGUAAUACAUGGACUUCCGCGACGCGAAACAGUCAACAGAGACAUGAGCUCGGGAGUAAAAGUGUUGUUGGUGUUGUUGGAGCUUUUAGUGACCUGGGAUAUCAGUUUAUCACAGCCACUUUUAGCAAGAAGUACUUACAAAGGACUAAGAGGAGUUUUUUUACCUAGUGUUAAAUUACGAUCGCCCGAUUUUAAGCGGGCUGUUUAUUACCAUGAUCAGACAGUAGCAGUCGUUGAUAUUAAUGAAAAUAAUGAAAUGCUCAAUUGUGAUAUUAUUGAAGUUUACGAACCAAAUGAAGCUGGAGAGGUACUCGGAAAUCUUUCGAUCUCAUCGCAUCCAACAGAGAUAGCAUUUUCACAAAUGACCAGUUUAAUGUAUCGAUGUGAAAUGUUAGACAGAAUCCAAAGAUCUCAAGAUAAAAUUAAGAGUACACCCAAAGGAGCAUUCGAAAGAGCCAACAUGUUUGGCACUCAUGCACUUAAUUUAUUUUCUGGUAUACUGCCAGGUACUAAAUGGUGUGGAACUGGAGACAUUGCCGAAAAUUAUCAUGAUCUCGGAUCAGAUACUGAAAUCGAUCAAUGUUGUCGGACUCAUGAUUUGUGUCCUGUGAAAAUUCGCGCACAACGAAGUCGCUAUAAUCUUACUAAUUACUCAUUGUAUAGCAAAUCUCACUGUGAUUGUGACAAUGCAUUCUAUCAGUGUCUAAAAAAUUUAGACAGUCCAACGGCUAGUAUUAUGGGUAAACUUUAUUUCAAUGUCGUUAAAGUUGGUUGCAUCGAAGAUUUGGCUGAAAAUAUAAACGCCUUAUCAACCAUGUCACCCAGAAGAAGGUUUUCAGCAACGCGGUUAUCAUUUUAAUAUUUAUAAGUAGUUAUCUAUGCAAAAAAAAAAAAAUAUUUAUCAGUGUCUUUCCACAAUAUUUAUUAUGCAUUGUUAAUUUAAUUGUUUUUUUAAAUAUAUACCUGGUCACAA